AUGUCUAGCUCCGGCCCCUCCGACCCCUUCAACUCCUCGCGGUCUGGGAGCUCCAACCCCUUCGCCGGCCCCUCCGUCGUCGUCAUCCGCGACGUCCCCGUCUUCGAGCGUGUGCCGAUCAAGCUCUCCCACACCGCGGCCAACUUCUUCGCGUGGAAGAUGUACUUCGGCCUCCUCUUCCGUGAGUACGAUCUCCUCGACCACGUCGACGGCACCACCGACCUCCUCGCCAUGCCGCACGACCCUGACUGGAGCACCAUCGACGCCACCAUCAUCCGUUGGUUCUUCCAGACCGUCUCCACCGACAUCUUUCACACCGUUGUCCGCGAUGGCGACACCGCGCGCGACGUAUGGAAGAAUAUCACCGGCCUCUUCACCGACAACAAGAUCCAGUGCAUCACCUUCCUCCAGCAGGAGUUCUUCGGCCUCCACCAGAACGAUCUCUCCCUCGAUGCCUUCUGCUUGCGCCUCAAGAUCCUCUCCGACGAGCUCCGUGACUUGGAGUUUCCGUUCACUGACGCCCUCCUCCUCUCUACGCUCGCGGCUGGUCUUGGCGAGGAUCUCAGCCACGCCGCCUCCAACCUCACGUUGCUCACCACGCCGACCUUCGAGCAGGCCGUGGCCUAUCUUCGUAACGAGGAGCGGCUGCAACAACACCUGCGGGCUCGCGCGGUUCACACCGCCUUAGCCGCUGGCCUCUCCCGUGGAGCGCCCGCGCACUCACCGUCGGCUCCCCCACCCGACCCGCCCUAG